AUGGAGCGCAUGGUACACUCGCGGCUAACCUGGUACUUUGAAACUGUGAGCUACUUCCCUGAGGCCACGGCAGGGUUCAGACAAGGGAGGUCGUCCAUCGACAACGUGAUCGACCUGGUAUCCAGUGUCCAAGAAGAACAGUCGGAAGCACGUUUUACUGUUGCCGUCUUUUUGGAUGUCAUGAAGGCGUAUGAUAGCGUUCUCCACAGUGUCGUUGUUGCUACCCUGCAAGAGUCGGGAGUGGGAGCUCGAAUGGUUUCUUGGGUCCGUGACUUUCUGUCCGGCCGGACGCUGUUCGUCCGUACUGCAUCAGGAGAUACGCCAGCUUUUCCCGUCUCCCGUGGAGUGCCACAAGGUAGUGUACUGAGUCCGCUGCUGUUCAAUCUGAUUAUGGCAUCACUCCCGGCGUGCCUCUCUGAGCAUAUCCGCAUCACAAUCUAUGCCGACGACAUCUGCAUAUGGACAUCCGGAGUCCGACGGGACGCCAUUCAACAACGCUUACAAGGCGCUCUCAACACCACCGCGUCUUACCUUGCCGACCGAGGACUCUGUGUAUCCCCUAGCAAGACAGCCGCCAUGGCGUUUACUCGGCGGCCCUUCACCAGCUACCCUCUCCAUGUUGCCGGAACCCCGCUUCAAUUUGUGACGCACUGCAAGUACCUUGGCGUGAUUAUUGACAGACAGCUCUCGUGGUCUAAGCACAUAAAGGACCUCUCCGUCAAGACGAGCAGAUCAGUGAACGUCCUACGCCGCAUCUCCGGAGCGUCUUGGGGCUCCACCUGUCGCGAUCUUCGCCAAAUUCACAGCUCCCUCGUGCUCGGCUUCCUGCGGUACAGCAUCCCAGUGCUGCACGGCCUGCGCACGACUCACGAGCGGGAACUCCUGAACAUACAGUCUCGCAGCCUUCGCGCAUGCCUGGGCUUACCCAUGACAACGGAAACUUAUUCGGUACUUGCAGAGGCCAGGGAACCACUUGUUACCACCCUGCGAGAUAGAGAGACCCUCCGCAUUUACACGCGGCUAAUGACUCGGCACCCUUUCCACUACCUCAGGACCAUUGACCACGACAGCCCCGCGUCUGCCUUUGGUAGCGCAGUGCGCCGUCUGAAGGGUGUUGUCCCACCUCCCACAUCUCACGUAUCGUAUGCUACCCCAACAUGGGCUCUCGACCAACCUCCCAUAUGCACAUUUAUCCAUGGCCUCGGGAAAAAAAGCGACACGCCAGCGCCUGUAGCACAUCAACUUGGCCUGGAACACCUAGCCUCGCUGCACCACGGAAGGCAGACCGUCUAUACUGAUGGGUCUGUGAUACCUGGUGGAGCAGCUGCAGCCUUUUAUGUGCCCCACGAAGAUUUUGAGAAAGCGUACAAGCUCCCCAACGAGACGUCCUCCACGGAAGCAGAGCUAUUCGCAAUCAAUAUGGCCCUUCAGCACAUCUCGUCCUCCCCACCUGCAGAGUGGACGAUCCUCACCGACAGCAAGCCAGCCCUGGAGAUCCUGAGUUCUCACGCCACCAAAAUCAUCAGCGACAUCCAAACGGCUAUCAUCGCCGCAUGCGACUCUCUUUGCGCCGCUGGCCACGGUGUGCGGCUACAGUGGGUUCCCAGCCACAUAGGCCUCAGUGGGAACUCCCGAGCGGACGCCGCCGCGAGGCGUGCCCACCAAGACGUCGGCCCGCCAGCUAGUAUGCCUCUUACAUCGUCCGCCUGUCUUAUAAAGAUCCGCGAGUGGUGUGCCUCCGAAAUGCGUCGCUCUGUCGAAGACGCUGUACGCUCCAAUGCGUAUAUCCAGUCCAUUGACCCGACAAUGCAAUUCGCUCCAUACCAGCAGCUCGUCCGCGCAGAAGAAACGCUGCUGCAUCGGCUCCGACUCAACGUCGCAUAUACACCGCAAUACUUGUGCAGGGUCGGAAAGCGUCGCUCAGCUAGCUGCGCUACCUGUGGCGCAGUAGCAGACGUUGAGCACCUCCUACUAACCUGCUCGGAGUACUCUGCAGCCCGCGCUGUCCUCGCCAAUCGCCUCCAACGCCUGGGACACGGCUCGCUCUCACUGGCCGUGCUUCUCGGCUCCGUCGCACGCCAACAGCAGGGAGCCGUUACAAGGGCUCUCCUGCAAUACCUACAGGACACCCAACUGAGUGUUACGUUGUAA